AUGAGGACCCGUGCAUCACGGCCUUCAGGCGCAACCACGUCUACAACUUCCAGACACACGGAGUAUUCGCUGUCACUGCCCACAGUCCCGUCCCCGGAUACCCGCCAGGACCUUGUGACUCUCCAAAAGCACCAUAUGGACAUGUCCGGAGAUGACGAUGUCGACAGUCUGGACGACGCUCAUCACGAUGGGGUCGAGAGGCCAGCGGUCGUUGAAAAGCGUAGGAUUACUCUGAAGCAGGCAGAGGAGCUACUGCUGAAGUUUCGAAAGAAAGACUCGUUCUUCCCUUUCGUACAGAUUCCCCUGGAGGCCACGAUCCCGUCUCUGUCAAGGACUUCGCCGUUCUUACUUCUGGCUGUACUGACUGCGGCAUCUCUGGAUGACCCAUUGCUACACCACCAAAUCAAUCAUGAGUUUUGCAGAGUCCUCGGCUCCCAGGUCCUCCGUCAGGGGAAGAAGAGUCUUGACUUCUUGCAAGGGCUACUGGUAUACAUUGCUUGGUUCCCAGCUCAUGUGAAUCCUAGGGACACUACAAUAACAUUCAUGUAUAUGCAUCUAGCUAUCGACUUGCUGAUCGAGCUUGGUCUUGACCAAGAAUCACCCAGUCCAACCAAAAACACAGCCAUCACGACCACCGGGCUGGUCAAGGGUGAUAAAUUUACCCCGGCAGCUAGGAGGACAUACCUCGCUUGCUACUACACAUCUUCCGCUGCCGAGAUCCUCUUCCCGACCCUGAAGGUGGGCUGGCGAAAGCCAAACAACCGCCACUACCGCGACCUCCUCGACAACCACAGCCCAGAACUCAUGCACGAAGAGCUCCAGACCGAAAUCGGCAGUCUCGUCAGGCUGCAACGCCUAUCCGAGCGCAUCGGCGAGACGAAUUCCCCGAACACGUCCUCGGCGCAGGAUCCACAGACGGAAGCCCUGACCGCUGAAAUCAACAUCCAGGUCUUCCUCCGUGAGCUGCAGGACUGGCAAGCCUGCACAUCUGAAGCCAUCAAAUCCCUUAUGGGGGUACAUGGUCCAGUGCAUCCUCGUCGUGUCUCGCCUCACGUUUCUCAUGGCGCGGCAACUGGGCUGGGGGCCGGCGGCGGCGCGGAGCGCGGUCCCCCUCGUGAUGUGGCUUGA